AUGUCCGGAAGGUUCCCCGGCGCCGAUUCUCUCGACGAGUUCUGGUCGGUCCUUGAGAACGGCGUGGACCUCUGCCGCCAGAUACCCAGCGAUCGCUUCGACAUCAAAGCUCACAACAAAGAUUCUUCCACCACGGCUGCCACAGCUCCAUAUGGAUGCUUCAUUGAUAAGCCCGGCAUGUUCGACGCCCGCUUGUUCAACAUGUCACCUCGGGAGGCAGCCUCGACAGAUCCCGGCCAGAGGCUACUGCUCAUGUCGACAUACGAGGCGCUCGAGAUGGCAGGAUACACACAGGCUCCACGCGAGGAAGAACGCGACACCAAUGUGGGAACUUUCUUUGGUCAGACCAUUGAUGACUGGAAAGAGUACAAUGCCGCCGAGAACGUGGACAUGUACUACGUCACCGGUGGCAUCCGGGCCUUCAGCGCGGGCCGCGUCAACUAUCACUUCAAGUGGGACGGACCAUCCUACAGUGUGGACAGUGCCUGUUCCUCCAGUCUUCUCGCCAUUCAGCUCGCAUGCAACUCUCUGCGUUCCGGUGAGACCAACAUGGCCGUUGCAGGAGGGUCUAACAUCCUGACUGGGUGCAACAUGUACGAUGGCCUCAGCAGGGGAAGCUUCCUCUCCAAGACAGGGUCGUGUAAAACCUUUGAUAGCGGUGCCGAUGGGUACUGCAGAGGAGAGGGUGUUGGUGUCGUUGUCCUCAAGCGUCUCUCAGAUGCCGUGGCCAACCGCGACCCCAUCCUCGCUGUCGUCAGGUCUUCGGCGACGAACCACUCGGCUAAGGCAGUGUCAAUCACACACCCACACAUCGAGACCCAGGAGCGGCUGUACCGGAAUGUGCUUUCCCAGGCAGGGUUUGAGCCGGCUGAGGUUGACUAUGUGGAGUGCCAUGGCACGGGCACACAGGCUGGCGAUGGUGCCGAGUCCAUGUCUGUGUACAACUCCUUGUGCAAGACAACACGCUCACAGCCACUGGUGUUGGGGUCAAUCAAGCCUAAUGUCGGCCAUGGUGAAGCCGCAGCAGGGGUAUCAUCCCUGAUCAAGAGCAUUAUGAUGCUGCAACGCGACACUUACCUACCGCAUGUCGGCGUCAAGGGCGAGAUCAACCCCAAGUUACCUCCAUUUGAGGACAAGUAUCGCAUUGCCACACUCUCCCCAUUCCUGCGCCAACAAGGCCGGACCAGGAAGCUUAUGGUCAACAACUUCAGCGCCGCCGGCGGGAACACCAGCAUUGUCCUCGAGGAUGCGCCUCUCGCAGCAGGAGAAAAGUUGCUUGAAGGCAUCCAAGACCUGCGCACCUCCCAUGUGGUCACAGUAUCUGCCAAGACUCCUGCAUCGCUCCGGGGAAAUUUGGCGCGUCUUCGGGAGUACAUGGUCACAUCCACCUCAUCCGCCCGUCUGGCAGACGUUGCAUACACCACGACUGCCAGGAGGCUGCAUCAACCCCUGAGAAAGGCAUACGCUGUAAAGUCCGCUGAAGACCUGAUCACUAAGCUGGACAAGGACUGUGCAGAGUGGGAUGAAUCCAGCUCAGCAGCCAACGCUCACAAAUCACCACCCAUCGUAUUCGCCUUCCCAGGCCAAGGGAGCAGCAUUGUCGGCACCGCAAAGGCUCUAUACCACAGCUCUGCAUUGUUCCAGCGCAUCCUCGGCGAACUCGACUCCUUGUGCUCCACCCAGAGUCUCCCAUCCAUUGUGCCAACCCUCCUCGGAGAGCCGUCUUCUUCAGAUCCCUCGCCGCUAGAGAGCCAGCUUUGCAUGGCUCUUCUUGAAGUAGCAUUGGUGAGACUCUGGAGAUCCUGGGGAGUCGAGCCAAGCCUUGUCAUCGGCCACAGUCUGGGAGAGUAUGCUGCACUGUAUGCUGCUGGUGUCAUCUCCGCAGCCGACGUGGUGUUCCUCGUUGCCAAGAGGGCGUCGCUCAUGCAGGAGAUGUGCACGCGUGGCACGCACAAGAUGCUCUCCCUGCGGCUGUCGGCUGAGGAUGUCAAGGCAGCUCUGAAUACAGCUGGCUUGGCGUCGCUCGAGAUCACUUGCAUCAAUGGCCCCACCGCUACAGUUGUUGCUGGGCUGGAAGCCGAUUUACAAGCUUUCAUGGAACAACAACGAGCUGCGGGUGUUACAUCGGUUUUAUUGGAUGUUCCGUACGCUUUCCAUUCGGCCCAGCUGGAUCCCAUUCUUGAUGCAUACCAAAACAGCACAGCUGGUGUCCACUUCGUGAAGCCAAGGAUACCCGUUGCAUCCAGUCGCCUCGGCUCUGUAGUCGAGCAGGAGGGAACUUUCAACUCCUCCUAUCUCGCGCGACAGGCCAGAGAGCCUGUUCUGUUUUCUCAGGCGGUCACAGCUUGCCGAGAGGCGGCAAAGGCCGACCAAAACACACUGUGGCUGGAGAUUGGCCCAGGUUCUACCUGCGUGUCUCUGAUGAGACAGUCGCUUGGCGCCUCCCCAGCCCACGCGUUAUCUACUCUCGACAGCAAGAAGGGCAUCUGGGAGGGCAUCUCCUCCACGUUAGCUACGCUUUACUCCAGUGGCAUCAACGUCAACUGGACCGAGUUCCACCGGGAUUACAAGCGCAGCCUGUCUGUCGUCAGCCUUCCACACUAUGCCUUCGACCUCAAGAACUACUGGCUAGACUACACGAGCCGCAAAGACCGCGUGGCUGCUUUAGUUGAAGCUCCCAAACCAGCCCACCAGUUCACCUCGUCAUGCUGGCAGGAAAUUGAGGAAGAGAGUUUUGGCGCUUCGGAAGCAUCGGUGAAAUUCCUCAGCGACCUCAACAGGCCUGAGCUCGCCAGCAUGGUCCACGGCCAUGCUGUGGGAGGCAUAAGCCUGUGCCCAAGUUCGGUGUACGCUUCAAUGGCCUUUUCAUGUGCCCUGUACAUCUUCCAGAGGCGCGACUCUACCCUCGGUGCUGAUGAGGUGCCUCCCAUGGAUCUGUCGGACAUGGAGAUUUUCAGUCCCUGUGUCGUCUCAACUGAUGCCGACCAACCACAAGUGUUGUUGAUCACAGCCACGCAGCACUCCCCAACCAGCCCGGUGGAGCUUAUCUUCAGCACAUCGUAUGAUGACGAAGAGACAUAUCGCCAGAACGCGCGCUGCGUCGUUCACCUCACCUCGAAGGCAGGUGCAUUCUCCGAGGCGAACAAGAACCUCUACCUCAUCCAGGACAGGGCUGAGAUGCUCCACCGCAAGGAACCGGAAGGCGAUGUGCACAAGCUCAAGAAGAAGAUGGUUUAUAAGCUGUUCAAGACAGUGGUGGACUACUCGCCGCGUUACUUCGGAAUGGAGGACCUGCUUUUGAGCUCAGAUCGCCCAGAGUCAUGCGCCAGGUUCUGUUUCGAUACCCCAGCUGAACCGGAGAACUUUGUCCACAAUCCAUUUUGGAUCGACAACUUGGCCCAAAUCGGAGGUUUCUGCCUCAAUGUCAACCCACCCUCCGGUAAGGACGAUGUCUACAUUUCCCACGGCUGGCAGAGCAUGCGGAUCCUGGGCCGCCUGUCGGAUCAAGAGAGUUACAACUGCUAUGUGUCGCCACUUAGCCGCGUUAACACUGCCCGCUCUACUGGCAUGACCCCAUUCCCUGUCCUCGAGACUCAAAAGCCUCAGGUUAGCUUUGUCGAUGUACUUGGUGUCAUUACAGAGUCGGCAGGGCUAGAAGCGAGUGAUGUAUCAGACGUCUCAACGGAAUGGUCCAACCUCGGCAUCGACUCACUGCUUACCAUCACGAUCCUCGAGCAGCUCAGGAAGCUUACCAGCAUGGACCUUGCCAGCUCCUUGUUCACCCAAUUCCCAACCGUUGGCGACUUGAAGGUGUACUUCCAAGGCCAGCUUGAGGCAAAGAGCCCGCAAUCGCCACUCACGUCGGUUGCAUCCGAAGAUUUUGAGCACAGCCCAGAGUCGGGCAAGGAGAUGGCGCCUUGUGUGGAAGAAACACGGUAUGAAAGCAAGCCAAUCCUGAUCCAAGGCACACCACGUCCUGACGGCCAAGCUCUUUUCCUUCUACCAGACGGCUCCGGUUCCGCACUGUCGUACAUUAACAUGCCGCCAGUGACCAAAAGGUCGUCUCUCCCGGUAUACGCACUCAGCUCGCCCUUCAUUUCAAACCCAGAAGCCUACGACCUGACCCUACCGGAGGUUGCAGGGAUCAUGCUCCGCACCGUCCGUAACCUGCAGCCAUCCGGGCCCUAUCUCAUCGCAGGCUGGUCAAUGGGCGGCAUCCUGGCGUACGAAGCAGCGCGGCAGCUCCUUGCCGCAGGGGAGGCUGUUGACCUCCUGGGACUGAUAGACAGCCCAUGCCCGCGGACGCUCCCCCCGCUUCCUGCGCCGACGCUUGACGUUUUAGACAAGGCGGGGCUGUUCUCCGGCAUCGACGGGAAGAGCACCGUCUCGGUGCCCACGAGGAAGCACUUCCUCGCUAGCGUCCGCGCGCUGGAGCACUACACCCCUCAGGAGAUGCCUGCCACGGCGCCACUGGGGAAGGUGAUCGCAGUGUGGGCCAAGGAUAGCGUGCUCGAGGGCGUCGUCGACCAGGCUAGGCGUGAUGCGGUUAUGACUGGGGAUGAAAUCGCUGGGGAGGCGAGGGACUGGCUGUUGGGGAAGAGGAAGGACUUUGGCGCUGCUGGGUGGGACAAGAUCACGCGAAGAGACGUGACGGCCAGGUCCAUCCCUGGGAACCACUUCUCCAUUAUGUCGCCGCCAUUGAUUAAUGACGUGCAAUCUGCCCUGACUGAUGCACUGGUGGAACUCGGGCAUCACUGA